GUUGGAUUCGGCAGCCCGGCGUGAGCCGCGUGGCUUUUGGGGGGAGACCCGGGUGGGCUGUGGCAGGAGGGCGACGGCAACGGCUGCGGUCGGGGAAGGGGUUGCCAAGAAGAUAGUUGAAGUAUUGAUAACACCAAGGAAAUCUGUCACAAUUUGAAAAGAUAAGCAAAAGUUUGAUUUCCAUACACUACAGAAAAAAGAAGUGAAAAUGGCAUUGUAUCAUCAUCACUUCAUCACAAGAAGAAGAAGGCGUCCAAUGCGAAUUUUUGUGAAUGAUGAUCGCCAUGUGAUGGCAAAGCAUUCUUCAGUUUAUCCAACACAAGAGGAAUUGGAGGCUGUGCAGAACAUGGUGUCCCACACGGAGCGAGCUCUCAAAGCUGUGUCGGACUGGAUCGAUGAGCAGGAGAAGGGUAGUGGUGAGCCCACUGAGUCGGACAACAUGGAUGCACCUCCUGAUGAUGAGAGCAAAGAAGGGGCUGGGGAACAGAAGGCAGAACACAUGACCAGGACCCUGCGGGGUGUGAUGCGGGUCGGCCUUGUGGCAAAGGGCCUUCUGCUCAAGGGAGACUUGGAUCUGGAGCUGGUCCUGCUAUGUAAGGAGAAGCCCACCACUGCACUCCUGGACAAGGUGGCUGACAACCUGGCCAUCCAGCUCACUACUGUGACAGAAGACAAGUAUGAAAUCCUCCAAUCUGUGGAUGAUGCUGCCAUUGUGAUAAAAAACACAAAAGAGCCUCCAUUGUCCCUGACCAUCCACUUGACAUCCCCUGUUGUCAGAGAAGAAAUGGAGAAAGUAUUAGCUGGAGAAACGCUAUCAGUCAACGACCCCCCGGACGUUCUGGACAGGCAGAAAUGCCUUGCUGCCUUGGCGUCCCUCCGACACGCCAAGUGGUUCCAGGCCAGAGCCAAUGGGCUGAAGUCAUGUGUCAUUGUGAUCCGGGUCCUGAGGGACCUGUGCACUCGUGUGCCCACCUGGGGUCCUCUCAGAGGAUGGCCUCUGGAGCUGCUAUGUGAGAAGUCCAUUGGCACGGCCAAUAGGCCGAUGGGUGCCGGCGAGGCCCUGCGGAGAGUGUUGGAGUGCCUGGCGUCUGGCAUCGUGAUGCCAGAUGGUUCUGGCAUUUAUGACCCUUGUGAAAAAGAAGCCACUGAUGCUAUUGGGCAUCUAGACAGACAGCAACGGGAAGAUAUCACACAGAGUGCGCAGCAUGCACUGCGACUUGCUGCAUUUGGUCAGCUCCAUAAAGUCCUGGGAAUGGACCCCUUGCCUUCUAAGAUGCCCAAGAAACCAAAGAAUGAGAACCCAGUGGACUACAUCAUUCAAAUCCCCCCCAGUACCACUUAUGCCAUUGCUCCCAUGAAACGCCCCAUGGAGGAAGAUGGGGAGGAGAAGUCUCCCAGCAAAAAGAAGAAGAAGAUUCAAAAGAAAGAGGAGAAGGCUGAGCCUCCCCAAGCUAUGAAUGCCCUGAUGAGGUUGAACCAGCUAAAGCCAGGACUGCAGUACAAGCUGGUUUCCCAGACGGGCCCUGUCCAUGCCCCCAUCUUCACCAUGUCUGUGGAAGUGGAUGGCAGUUCCUUCGAGGCUUCUGGGCCAUCCAAAAAGACCGCCAAGCUGCACGUGGCUGUUAAGGUGCUACAGGAUAUGGGCUUGCCAACAGGCGCCGAAGGCAGGGACUCCAGCAAGGGAGAGGACUCCGCCGAGGAGGCAGAGGCGAAGCCUGCUGUGGUGGCCCCGCCCCCUGUGGUGGAAGCUUCCUCAACUCCCAGCGCUGCCUUCCCCUCAGACGCUACAGCCGAGAACGUAAAACAGCAGGGGCCGAUCCUGACUAAGCAUGGCAAGAACCCAGUUAUGGAACUUAAUGAGAAGAGGCGCGGCCUCAAGUAUGAGCUCAUCUCAGAGACAGGGGGCAGCCACGACAAGCGCUUUGUCAUGGAGGUCGAGGUGGAUGGACAGAAGUUUCAAGGUGCUGGUUCAAACAAAAAGGUGGCAAAGGCCUAUGCUGCCCUGGCUGCUCUGGAAAAGCUUUUCCCUGAUGCUCCCCUUGCCCUUGAAGCCAACAAGAAGAAGAGAGCCCCAGUCCCUGUCAGAGGUGGACCCAAAUUUGCUGCCAAGCCUCACAACCCUGGCUUUGGCAUGGGAGGCCCCAUGCACAACGAAGUGCCUCCACCCCCCAACCUCCGUGGACGGGGACGAGGAGGCAGCAUUCGUGGGCGAGGGCGAGGACGAGGAUUUGGUGGUGCCAACCACGGUGGCUACAUAAAUGCUGGCGCUGGAUAUGGAAGCUACGGGUACGGAGGCAACUCAGCGACAGCAGGCUACAGUCAAUUCUACAGCAACGGAGGGCAUUCAGGGAAUGCUGGUGGUGGCGGCGGCGGGGGCGGUGGUGGCUCCUCUGGCUACAGCUCCUACUACCAAGGGGACAACUACAACUCACCGGUACCCCCCAAGCACACCGGGAAGAAGCCGCCACAUGGAGGCCAGCAGAAGCCUUCCUAUGGCUCGGGCUACCAGUCCCACCAGGGUCAGCAGCAGUCCUACAACCAGAGCCAGUACGGCAACUACGGCCCACCACAGGGCAAACAGAAAGGCUACAACCACGGGCAGGGCAACUACUCCUCCUACUCCAACUCCUACAACUCCCCUGGGGGCGGCGGCUCUGACUACAGCUACGAGAGCAAAUUCAACUACAGUGGUAGUGGAGGCCGAAGCGGCGGGAACAGCUAUGGCUCAGGCGGGUCAUCCUACAACCCUGGGUCACAUGGGGGCUACGGCGGAGGUUCUGGGGGCGGCUCUUCAUACCAAGGCAAACAAGGAGGCUACUCGUCACAGUCAAACUACAACUCCCCAGGGUCUGGACAGAACUACAGUGGCCCUCCUGGCUCCUACCAGUCCUCACAGGGCGGCUACAGCCGCAACGCAGACCACAGCAUGAACUACCAGUACCGAUAAAGCCCCGGGCUGCUGACCUGCGCCUUCUGCACUCACGCCGUCAGCCCAUCGGAAGAUUCAGUCUUACGCAUCGCAGUUAACAUGCCCACCGGCCCUGCAGGUGCCCCACCCGUCCACGUUGCCGUGUUGUGAGGUGCAGUGGUCCCCAGGACCCGUGCUGUGACCCACAUUUAGCCGUGUUUGGGACUCCGUGUCUUUAAUGGUUUGUUAGUUGCCAUUACAGCCUCGUCUGGGUAGAGUUUGAGUUCUUACCGUUCAGUAUCCCUCUGUCUAUUUACACUCGGUGUUAGCGUUGCCUUGGUUUGUCUUUAAAUAGUUACGGAAGGGAUACAUCAUCUGUUAAUGCUUUUGUGAAGUGAGUUAAAUGAGCUUUCUGUAUUUUAAUGCUUUAGUGUUCAGUUUUCUAAGUGAAGAUUUUAUUUUAAAAAGCAGUGGGAAAGAGUGGGGUUUUUUUGUAUGUCUGGAUUAUUCAGGCAGUACAUCUAAACUCAGAUGAAUGUAGACAAAUAAAGAAAAAGAAAAUGGCGCUGUCUCAGACCUGGGUGUCUGACCCUCCAGCCGGGCAGUGGGCAGCUCCCUCCACUCUGUUCCCCCUCUGGGAAGCAGUGUGGGGAUAGCAGGAUGGUCCCUGAUCACCAGAGAGGGUCCAACUCCAGGCCUCCAGACACCUUUACUCCAAGCUUGGCAAGGGCCAGCUUUCUGUUCACCUGAGGUCUUCUUGCCCUCGAGUCCCAGCAGGUUCUAUAGCUCCACUCCUGGCACUGCAGAGCAGCCAGCAGUGGCCCUCACUGGUCACUGCAGAGCAGCCAGCAGUGGCCCUCACUGGUCUUUGAUGUCUGAUUGAAACGUGCAGGCAUGUGUUGUUUGCUCCAUGGAUUCUGGUAUCUUUUAAAUGCAGUUUCACAUCUUUGUGGAGUAGAAUGUCUCUGUAGGGUUCAUUGCUGGUGGUAACAUGUAAGCCAAUUGGAAAACGGCAUAUGGGGCCUGGGGAAAGUCACCAGCUAGCAGACCAGCUAUGCUGGGGGGCAGAGGGGCUGGUGUCUGCAACAGCUGUGGCCCUCCCUCAAGGUGCUGUGCCACACAGGCUCACAGGGAGAGCUGGAGCUCUUUUUAGUUGCCCAAAGUGUGCCAGCAGGCUUCCCUAGGGCAGUGAUUCUCACUUUGCGAAUGUUUUGCCUCCCAGUUGAAAUUCUGCAAUGUUUGGGGGACAUUUUAUAUGACUCCAGGGUGCUCCUGGCUCUUGUGGGUACAGGCUAAGGAUGCUACUGUACAUCUUGUGCGUGGAAGAGGGUAAAGAACUGUGUGUCAACAGCAGAAGUGUGAAGCUGGAGAUUCCCCUCCCCCAGGAAGUUCCUCUAAGCUCUGUAUGGGGGAAGGGAAGCAGAGACAUGGAAGGCUCCCAGAGCCAGCACUGAUUGCCUAGACCCAGGUGCCCCUUGGCUGGAAUGCACAGGUAACUGUGGCUCCUGGGAGAAGCAGAAGCUGGCCUUCACUCCAGAUUCCUCCCUCAGCUGAUAACAGAAAAUCUAGAAUCUUGGAAGUGGUGAAGACCGGCCUUCGAGCCACAGGAAAGGGUUCUGCACUAAAAGAAACAUUGGUAGAAGGUGGCUUCAUGCUAGUGUGGAGGAAGCCCCAGGUAACCAUACCAAGAGGCGCAAUGCACGGAGAGGCGGGAAGAAGAGGUGGCACACAAUGGAAACUUUCAAGUCCCUGCAAGUACCCUGGGAUUCCACCAAGGUGUACAGCAGUGGAGGGGACAGGUCCUUUCUGUGAUUGUGAUGGAACAUGUUGUAAGCCUCUGUCUUGGACACAUCUAGGGGCUGGGACAACAAGAGACUCUUUUGUUUGUGGUGAGGUCAUGCAGGCUGAGGAGGGACCCACUGUGAACCAGAAACUCACUUAGGAGGGCCCCACCUGCUAAGCCCUUCCAAACUCCAGGUGAGCACCUGCAGCUGCAGCCUGGCUCUUUCCUAUCAGCUUCCCAGUUGGUGCCAACUAUGUUCAAGUUUCCGAAUGCAGAUCCACCUCAAAGUAAGGGAUCACUCAUCCCCAGACAGUACCACAGGUACGGUACUUGUCCCAAAGAGACAGCUGGAGAGCUAGCGCCCUUGGAGGUCUCCUUUGUGCCGAGGGUGCUGUGAUGCAGUUGGCCUGUGGCAGUGUCCCCUGCACACAUGCCUUGCCACACAAGGAUGCUGGCUUCAGGAAGAUGUGGCUGUCAUCUUGAGCAUAGAGAAACCUGUUGCUGGCACAUGACACAUUCAAAGCUGAUGGAGGUCUUCUAGGCCAUUGUCCUCCAAUCCCAGGAAACUGGCACCUGGGAGGUCCUCAGUCCUGCUGCAAGUGGGGGAGUGCUGGCUUCGGAUGGAGAGACUCCUCCAGCACAGGAAGAGCAGGGACCCACGGUUGUCCUCAUAGUAGAUCAUGAUGGGCACCAGGCACACAGCAGCACAGGGCUCAGGACCCCUGUCCAAGGAAGCAAUGAGAUGACUGGGGGGAAGGGGAUUAGGGAUUGGUGACUUAGGACCAAAGGAGGCCUCCAAGUCUUGAAGGAGGUACAGACCAGGAUUUCUACCAACUUGGUUGAGCAGUGCCCCUGGGCCCUGCGUGUCUCUGGGCUGGGGUCCAGCCUGACCUGAGGGUCACCGCCCAGCUGUCUGAUUACCUUCUGCCCUUGCAGGGAGAAUCCAUUUCCCAUUAGCACUGACCAUUCUUGUGCAGUCCAUAAGGCCUGUAUCACUAUAAAGCGCACUGUAUGUACCUGGUUCUCUGCAGCUGGGGGUGUCACCCCCAUGUUCAGUCUCGGCGUGAGCUCCACACUGACCAUGCACAUUACACGCCAGAGACUCCUGGACACGAUUUUGGGCAACAGAGAGGCAAGUCUCAUUAGAGACUUGGAUGCUUACUCUAAUCCCAGAAUAAAUGGAGAAUUCAUGUGUGUGUCGUUUCAUUCUCACAGUGUUUAUUGGGUGGUACUUCCCAUGUUGGGCCUGUGGGUAGGCUGGGAAUAUGGCAGUGAAUCUGGUCUUUGUGCUCACAGGAGCUUCCAGGCACCAAAGGGCCCUUUCCCGGCAGGACUGGGAGUGAGUGGCCAGGCAGGCUUCUCAAAUGUGUGCCUACAUGGUGGCUGGGGGAUAAGGGAAGGAGACACACAAAAAUCCAGCUAGGUGUGAGGAUGGGCUUGGAGCUGAAGUCAGCUGGGCAAAGCCUUUUGGAUGCAAGUGGAGUGGGGCUGAAAGUCUGGGGGAAUGGUGGCGUCAAAUCCAGGGUGUAAACUAGAGAGGGAUUAGCCAGCAGAAUCCCCUGGACGUGGUGAGGAGAUACUCUGUCCCAUGCAGGUCCAGCGGAUCCCCCAGCCCUCCCUGCUGUGAGAGAGCACAAGCCCUGUCUAGGGCCACAGCCACACUCCCAGUCAUUGUUUGCCAAGAGGUGGAGGCACCUAAGUGCAGCCUCUGGCUCCUGGGCUUCGUAGAUGCCCAGCUGGAUAAACCAGAACAGAUUAUCCUCCAGGUUCCCAAGAUGGCCACCCAAAUUUCGGAUUCCAAGGACCCUUCAACAUUUCUCCGGUGGAAAUGCCCCAACUCGACUCUUAGUAGGUUCCCGGUUCCCUCUCUCCAGGGCCAGAAAUCUCUCCUGCCUGGGUUCCAGGCCUCAGCACCAGCUCCCUCAUGUCAAACACCGAGACCGGGUUUAGGGUACUCCCCUGGGAAGCCUCAGCAAGAAAAAGGGAAUCUUGCCUCCAUCCUGAUCACAUAAUUGAGGGUGAAGCGGAGGGGCAGGGGCGCAUCCUUUGUGCACUGCCCAGUAAAUGGGCUCUGCUCCAAAUAGGAUUUCCAGAGGACUCCCCACUGGGUGAGCUCAGCCAGCUUCUCUGAGCAGUCUCUAUGGAGUGUGCCUGGGGCGCACAGCCCGUCUCUUCCGAUAGGACGCUUUUGUAGCCCCUGCCCUAGGGGGUGUGCCCGUUACAUAACCCGCCACUUCUCAUAGGUGGUCAACGCAGCUCCGCCCCUAGGAUGGCCGCUUCCCUGGUAUCCAGGCAACGUUCGUGGCCCUGUCCCUUGUGCUGAAGUCUAGCUCCCAGUCCCAUUGACUAAGGGAGGUGUUCCAGUCUUUUCUGUUAACAUGGCUUUACAGCUGGGCGACUGUGCCCAAGUCAACUGCCUCCCGCUGCUUUAAGAAAGUUCCAUCCUCCGUAAGCCAAAGUCCUCGCUGAGGACCUGCAGCCUUGCACUACCUCCCUGCUAGGCACACUGACACCUCUGUAUGACCAACAAUCUCAGCCCGUUUGCAUCACUGAGCAUUGGCUUACUGUCGGCAAAGAUUGGAAAGCUCUCUCGUGCCUCCGAAUGAUUCUUCUGUCCUCUUUUAAGGAGUUAGUACAAAUACCGACCUUCUGCCAGGCGCAGUAUCUUGUUCUUGUCAUUCCCAGCACUUGGGAGGCUAAGGACCGAGCCCACUGGAGCCCAGGAGUUUGAGGCCAGCCUGGGCAACAUAGCGAGACCUUCACCAUGAAAUUAAAAAUUAAAAACAAAACAUCAAGAAAGGAAACUUUGCAUUGUCCUGGGCUCUGAGCAUCUUAACACUCAUCACUUCCUGGCUCCUCUCCAUCCCUAUUACUACCUGACACAUUGUUUUAUUUGCUUAAGUUGUUUACGCAUUGUUUUUUGGUUUUGUUCAUUAUGUGUGGAAGCAGUGGAUGCUUAUAAAGGUUUGUUGACUGACUUUAUGUUCAUGCAUACUUAUUCUAGGUCCUGUGCAUCUUCAUAAUAA